AUGCCUUGUACGGAGAUCAGUCAAACCAGAGGGGCCACGCCGUCCACACGUUGCCCCUUCGAGGAAUAUGAACGGAUCCUCGAGAAGAACCCCAUCUUGGCCCCGACUGGCUGUACAGACAAAUUCUGCCAAGCUGGACGUCUCAUCCACAGCGAUGAGCCAAAAGUCGGGGAGAAUCGUCCCCUUGAAGUGGUGCAGAAUGAAGCGGUGGCAUUUCUCUGGCAGUUGUGGCAGGAUGGCGUGUACACUGAGGAUUGUUACCUAGAAAGGCGCACACAAGUCCUGGACGAAAUCGCUCGGUCGGCGAAGAAAACGAUCGUCUGGGAGCAGGAGUCCAAGCGAGUGGACACCACCUCGAUCUGGACACAGAGCCCCGAAGAACUUCGCUAUGGACUGCGACUGGCCUGGAGGAACUCGCGCAAGUGCAUCAUGCGCUCGCGGUAUCAAGAGCUGGAACUGUGUGACCUGCGACAUAUUCAUACCAGCGUCGGAAUGGCCACAGCACUACUUGAGGAAGUCACUAAAGCCUUCAACCAUGGCCAGAUUAAGCCGACAGUGUUUGUCUUUCCGCCGAAGUCUGUGGAUGGCAGUGGUCCGAUGUUUUGGAACAAACAGGUGCUGAACUUCGCUGGUUACGAGCUCGAGGAUGGCUCUAUCCUGGGUGACCCGAGUAAUGUCAAGCUGACCCAAGACAUCAUUGACCUGGGCUGGACGCCGCCACGGGCCAAGACCCGAUGGGAUCUUCUACCAAUUGUUGCCAUGGCCGAAAACGAUGCACCGGCUCUUGUGGAGGUGCCAGACGACCUCCGUCGGUUGAUCGAGAUCCAACAUCCGGACUACCCCGGUUUCAAUGAAUUAGGCCUUAGGUGGUACCAAUUCCCAGCUUUGAGUCGAUUGGGUUUUGAUAUAGGUGGAGUUCAGUAUACGGCAACGCCAUUUAUCGGAUGGUACAUGGAUGCGGAGAUCGGAGUGCGUAACCUGGCCGACACGUUCCGCUUCGACGCCCUGCCCGAGGUGGUCAAAGCCAUUGGGUUUGACAUCGACGCCUAUCGUGCAAAGUCGGAGUACGCGGAAGUUCAAGAACUGGAGGAUCUGCCGGACUAUGAGCAGCUGCGGUGGCAGAGCCGCGCCCAGGCCGAGCUAAAUUACGCCGUGCGUUGGUCCUUCCUGCAACAGGGUGUUACUUGUGUGGGAACGUUGGCUGCGUCCGCGGACUGGUGUCAGUUUGACGAUGAACAUGCCGCGAAGAAGGGCUACCGACUAAACUCGGAUCCCUACUGGCUGUCACCGCCACAGGGAUCGAUUGUGCCUGUGUGGCAUCGGGGUGGUGCCCCGAACUACCAGCCGAAGCCUAUGAUCUGUCGGAAUCGCUAUGAUCCCGUUAACUCGUGGCAGCGUAGGAAGGGUUCCACGGAUGCGGAUCCAAUCCUUCUGAUAAGGAAAGGGAAUGAAUGGGUCACCAAACCUCUGACUGGUUUCCUCGCUGAUAUCCCAAGCCGAAAGAGGCGUAAGCUGACCGAGUCUCAAAGGAAAGAGAAGCCCUCCACGGUGCAUAUCUACUACUGCAGCCAGGGUACCACAGCACGGACUCUAGCUGAAAGAAUACAUCGGCGAGUGAAGCGCAGUGCCAGAGGACUUCAGGUGACAUUUGGUUCUUUGAACGCCUUGGACUUGACUCAGAUCGAAGCAUCCGAUAUCAUCCUUCUAGUUGCGUCUACCACUGGCAGUGGUGCAUUUCCUGCCAAUGGAGCUGACUUUGCGAAGGCGAUGGGACAUUUUUGCGAGUCCCUCAAGACCGACUUCUCGCGUGUCCGACUGUCUGUCUUUGGUGUUGGGGAUAGCGCCUAUCCCAACUUCAAUGCUGCAGCAAUCACCGCGUACAACCUUUUUCACCAGCUCAACGUCUUGCCCAUAGCUGGUGGAUUGAUUAAGGCCGAUGUGGCAUCUGAGACGCUGCCGUUGCGCAUGUUCAAUUAUUGGUCGGACGCGGUGGAGUCCGCGUUAGCCGGAGGGAAAGGCGAGUUGAGCAGCGAUCCCGAAGAAUCGUUUGUGUCACACGCUGAGAUGCUGCGCAACUUCGGCCGGGCUACGAUCAUCUCUAAAACAUGCAGCGACGCAGAUGAUUGCUUAAUCACCCUGACACUUGACGGCAUCGAGUGUGCCGACAUGGCCCACCUGAGGCUGCUCCCCACGAAUUCCGCAUCUCAUGUCGCUCGAGCCAUCACUGCCCUGGGAAUCUCAGAUCCACAGCUUCUCAUGCCGUUCUCUAGCGGGGCACUCCAGCAGUGCAGCUAUGGCAUCUUCUUCACCAGGUUCGUCGAUCUGGAGGAUAGAGGUAAACUACCCAGCUGGGCAAUCGAGUCGAACAAUAACAGUGGGCGCGAGAAAGAAAGUAUCCUUGAAAGACUGGAGCAAUUGUCAGUCAGUCUACAGCCAUCACAGUUGUCUCUUGAGCUCCGUCAUAAGAUCUGCUUUGGUAGCCCACUCCUUCGCCCCCGAGCCUUUUCCGUGGCAUCAUCCGCGCGGUACAUCGGCGAGAAGAAGGUGGAGCUCUUGAUUAAGCCACACCGGCGAGGCCGAUUCAGCGACAUCUACCUCUCCACCCUUCAGCCUGGCGGAUCAGUCGAAUAUGCCAUCGUUCCUGCAUCCCCUGCAUCUUUUCUUCCCGCUGUCCAAAAGCCCCUCGUCGUCAUCAGCACUGGCUCUGGAUUUGCACCAGUCCGCAGUCUACUUCAGCAGCGCAUUCAGAUUGCACGAGAAUGGAGAGAAGAGCGUAGCACGAAACAUCCGUUUCAUACUUCUCCCAUCAGCCUUUUCGCAGGGUUUCGGCUAGUGGAUGAGAGCAUCAUUCACGCAGCAGUCGACCUGGCGGAGAGGUAUCGUCUGUUGGAUCUGGCCUGUCUCGUUCCUAGUAACCCCGAAAAGAAACGAGUUCAAGGCUAUCUGCUGGACAAACGUGACACAAUCCGGGCGAAGUUGGUGGAACAGGAAGGAUAUGUCUAUGUUUGUGGGAGUGCCGCUAUGACUGAAGGGGUGCGAGCCAACCUCAGCGAGAUUCUCGCGGGAGAGGUGAAGCAGAUCAUGGGAGAACGAUACGUGGAGGAAGUGUUUUGA